AAUCCAUCUCUCUCUCUCUCUCAAUUCCCAGAAAAACCCAACUCCAACUCUCUGUUUCUAAUUCCCUGCAGAAAAGUAAAGAACUCUCCCUCUCUAUAUCUGAGCAGCGAACAGAGUACGAGUCUCUCUCUCACUGCAAAAUCACAGUGGGAAUCUCUCUCUCUCUCUCAUUUCCAGCAACGAAAAACAGAACCAAUAUCUCCCGCUGAAUUCAACCUGGUCACUCUGCGAGGAGUGCAGAAUCAUCUGAGAAACAACUCUCUCUCUUUACCAUUCCCCGACCUGAACCAUCUCUCUCAGUCUCUCUCUCUCUCUCUCUCUCUCUCUCUUCUAUCUAUCCUCUGAACUUAACCAUCCCUCUCUCUCUGCCCCCCACCGAGAACAACGAUUUCCUGCAAAGUCCAAAUCACCAUGUCAGAGAAGCUCACGCUCCCCCUUCUACUACCAGGCCCCCCUCCGUCAAAACCCAUAUUCCAAAACCCUAGACCCCAGCCUCCCUCUUCUCCAUUACCCCCUGUUCUCCAAGAGCUCCUUCUUCGCCACUCCACCACGAGCCAGAGGCUCAAACCCACACCGAAUUCCACUACUGAAACCCUAAAUUCUCAAUCUCCAGUAAUGUUGAGGAAGAAGCGGCUUGGUCGAUCAGUAGAUGAUAACAGAGGGAAGCCAUGGAUAGACAACAUCUCUGAUACAGGUAAAGAAGCCCUUAUCUCUCUAACCAACCACGACUGUAACAAUGCAUUUGAUGUUCUAGACUCAUAUAAAGACCAAUUUGAAGAUGGGGAUUUGAUAGGUAUAAUUAAGGCGUUAGGCUUUCAUCGAAGAGCUGAUAUGGCCUUGGAUGUGUUCAAUUGGAUGAGAAACCAGGAAAAUUAUCGGUUCGAUGGACCAGAGAUACCCAUUAUUAUUCGGACUUUAGGUAGAGAGGGUCAUGUAUCAGCUGCAAAUUCCUUGUUUCACAGCCUUAGAGAAGAUGGGUACCCCAUGGAUGUGUAUGCUUACACUUCUAUAAUCUCAGCUUGCGCAAGAAACCACAAGUACAGACAGGCUCUCUCUCUCUUUCGAUCGAUGGAGGAUGAGGGCUGUCGACCUACACUUAUAACAUACAAUGUUAUGCUUGACGUCUAUGGGAAGAUGGGUAUGCCAUGGAAUCGAAUCUUCUCUCUCUUUGAAUCCAUGAGGAAUGAUGGGGUGUCUCCUGAUUCUUACUCUUAUAACACACUCAUUAGUGCUUGUCGUCGAGGGUCAUUGUACCAAGAGGCAAGGGAUAUUUUUAGACAGAUGAAAGCCGUGGGUUGUCCUCCGGAUAAGGUCACUUACAAUACCCUCUUAGAUGUGUAUGGGAAGUCGAGGAGACAUAAAGAAGCUCUUGAUGUGCUUAGAGAGAUGGAGGUUAAUGGCUUCCCACCAACCAUUGUGACAUAUAACUCUCUUGUUUCUGCCUAUUGUAGAGAUGGUUUGUUUGAAGCAUUGAACUUAAAAGAUCAAAUGAUGGAAAAGGGGGUUUCACCUGAUGUUUUCACAUACACCACUCUCCUAUCUGGUUUCGAGAGGGCAGGUAAAGAUGAAUUAGCAGUGAACAUCUUUGAAGAAAUGAAAAUGAAAGGGUGUAAACCCAAUUUAUGUACUUACAAUGCUCUUAUCAAGUUGCACGGAAAUAGGGCUAAAUUUGUCGAGAUGAUGGGAGUCUUCGAUGAACUGAGGUCUAGUGGUUGUGAACCUGAUAUAGUCACAUGGAACACUCUUUUAGCUGUUUUUGGGCAAAAUGGUAAGCAUUCUGAGGUCUCCGAAGUGUUCAAAGAGAUGAAAAGAGCUGGAUUUGUACCAGAGAGAGAUACUUUUAAUACCCUUAUCAGUGCAUAUAGUAGAUGUGGGGAAUUUGAUCAAGCUAUGAUGAUCUAUAGGAGAAUGAUAACUUCGGGUAUUGGACCAGAUCUCUCCACUUAUAAUGCGGUUUUGGCUGCUUUGGCUCGAGGGGGUCUUUGGAAACAAGCUGAGACCAUUCUUGCUGAAAUGAAUGAUGGGAGGUGCAAACCUAAUGAGCUCACUUAUUGCUCAUUGCUUCAUUCCUAUGCAAACGCCAAGGAAAUUGAUCGUAUGUGUGCUCUUGCCAAUGAUAUAUAUUCAGGGGUAAUUCCCCUUCACAAUGUGCUUUUGAAGACAUUGGUGCUAGUCAAUAGCAAGAGCAACCUUUUGGUAGAGGCAGAGUAUGCUUUCUUAGAGUUGAGAAAGAGGGGCUGUUCACCUGAUAUAAUUACCUUGAAUGCAAUGAUCUCUAUCUAUGGUAGGAGACAGAUGGUUGCCAAAGCUCAUGAGAUUCUCAACUGCAUGAAAGAUAGAGGGUUUACUCCUAGUUUGACAACAUACAAUAGCUUGAUGAAUAUGUAUAGUAGGUUGGGUAACUGUACAAGAUCUGAAGAAAUCCUUAGAGAGAUUCAAGCAAAGGGUGUGAAGCCAGAUAUUAUUUCAUAUAAUACAGUUAUAACUGCUUAUGGUAAGAAAGGUCAAAUGAAAGAGGCUUCCAAAAUAUUUUCUGAGAUGAUGGCUUCGGGCCUUAGUCCCGAUGUUGUCACUUAUAAUACAUUCAUUUCCAGUUAUGCGUCCAAUUCCAUGUUUGUAGAGGCAGCUGAUGUAGUACGAUACAUGAUCAAGAGUGGAUGCAGGCCAAACGAGAACACGUACAAUUCUAUUGUGGAUGCUUAUUGUAAGCUAGGUAGAAGAGAAGAAGCCAAUGCAUUUAUUCAUAACCUUAGGAAAAUAGACCCGCACAUUCCUAAGGAUGAAGAAAGUAGACUAUCAGAAAGGAUAUUGAGGAGCUGAAAUUGAUGGUCACCUUCUAGGAUGAAAUGACAGCCAAUGGGAAUCUUGUCACCUUCCAUUCGAAAUGUAAAUAUUUUUGGGAAUGGGAAGAGUUAGUGACAGGAACCAGACGUAAGACGGUAUGUAUGAUCAUGUAUUUAACAUUGUAACUUGGAAGAUGUGUCAAGAAGUGCCAUCGAUGAAUUUACUGGCUCUACCAAAAAUUUUGUUGUUUCACUCUAUGACUCCCAUUGAAAUGUUGAAUGACCAGAGAGUAAAUAAAUGACAAUACAAUAAAAUUGUUCUA